AUGUCAUAUGGUAUGGACUAUCCCUUCAUACGGUUGGGAUCAGCUGUCCCAACUCUGUCCCCUCCCAACCUCUUGCCCACCCCCAGCCCACUCCCUGGGAAAAGGAGUACAGCUCAGCAACAGCCACAACACGGAUCUAACAGGAAAACAAUAGUACAUCACCCAGUAGAUUCAAACAGCAGGAAGACAACUUUGCCAAAAAAUAAGUCUUGCCCAAACAUAUGUGCAGCAAUGAAUCUGGAUAUACAGCCAAAAGGUAAAAUUAUCUCAGUACUGAAAAAGAAAAAUGGAGAUUUGACAAUGAAGGGCAAGAGUGACUUACAGUCUUCCUCCAAGGUAUCUGAGGAGGAAGAUGAUGAUUAUGAGACUGUAAGUUCUUCCACUCUGGAGGCCAUCCAUGCUUUGAGCAUCCUUCCUGCCAAACCUCUUCAGGAAUCUGAAUAUGCAGAUAAACGUUGUUUAAGGCCUUCAGGUACCACUUCCCCAGUGCACAGGCAGCACAUAUCUCAGCCCCCUCAACACUCAGCUAAACACAUGUCUGUUCUGGAGGGGAGGAGCAUGCCAAGUGUUAGAGGAGAAAGAAUGAAAAUACAUGGAUGCCAGGACCCUGUGCCUCCCCCACGGCCUCUGAAGACACUGCCAAAGCAGUAUCAGCCACUUCCUCCAGAGCCAAAGAUAAGCAGCCAGUUCUUUCAAACAAGGAAAACGCUCAGCCAAGCUCAUACCUUUCCAAUACCAGCAAAAGUCACAAGACAUCUAUCUGUUAAGGAACAAAAUGAAGAACCUGGAAGAGAACAAGCUACAGAUUUGGAGAAGAAACCUGAAAUAUCUUUUCGAGCACAUAAACCAAAGCACCAUCCUGAAGCCAGCCUUCAAUGUACAUGGAGCUCUAAAAGUGUUUGCAGCUCAGGGUCCACGUUAAACGUAGAGAAUCUGUCAGUGAAGUGGUCACCAUCUCCUACACCGUGCACAGCAUGCAAAAAUAAAUCAGAACAUUCACUUGUGAAACAGGAAAUGCAAUCUCUCACUCAACCCACUGAAAAGGAUUUAAGCAAAUAUGAAUGGUACAUUGGAGAAUAUGAUCGCCAUGAAGCCGAGCAGGCACUGUUGGAGGAAAACACCGAUGAGACCUUCUUGGUUAGAGAUUGUUCAAAGAAAUCAAAUGCUGAACCAUAUGUUUUGGUUGUCUAUUACGGAAGAAGAGUAUACAACAUUAAAGUACGUUUUCUGGAAGAAAGCCAACAAUACGCACUGGGAACAGGGCUCAGAGGAGAUGAUAAAUUUAAUUCUGUGAAAGAGAUCAUUGACUUCUACAAAUAUGUUCCCAUCACACUCAUUGACGGAAAGGAUAAAGCAGGAAUCCAGAGAGAACAAUGUUACCUUACAUAUCCGUUCAAGUUACAUACAAGAUGUUUUCUGCCUUAA